AUGAGUAAUACGCCAUUACCAGAAAUCACUACUAGAAUCAAUGAAAGUGCAAAUGCAUCUGAUUUGGCUAAUACUGCAGAACCACCUCUAGAAACCAGUCGCUCCGACACUCAAUCAUCAAAACCCGUCACAAAGUGGUUCAGACUGCAGCAGGGAUUUACUUAUUUCCAUCUAUUCUCCUUCUUACUGGCAUCCUUGUUCACCAUCUCAUUCUUUGUGUAUAUCAAUUCUUCUCAGGUUAGUGACUAG